GCUCCACCAUCAACUCCAACCCGAAUUUUGAUCCUCCCGACAUCGACAAUUCAACCCCCUCGGCCAAUUCCACCCACGCAGUCAAGAUGCGGUACAUUCACUCCGAGGAACGGCUGCCCAUUCCGGACAAUGUGAAGGUUCACAUUCGUUCGCGGGUUGUGACCGUCGAGGGCCCCCGCGGCAAGCUCGUUAAGGACCUGUCCCACAUCGCCGUUACCUUCGGUCUCCCCGAGAAGGACGUCAUCUCGAUCGAGCUGCACCACGGUGCUCGCAAGGGUGUCGCUACCCUCCGCACCGUCCGCACCAUCAUCAACAACCUGAUCAUCGGUGUUACCCGCGGCUUCCUGUACAAGAUGCGCUACGUCUACGCCCAUUUCCCCAUCAACGUCAACAUCGAGAAGAACGCCGAGACCGGUGGCACCGAUAUUGAGAUCCGCAACUUCUUGGGUGAGAAGUACGUCCGCCGCGUCUCUGCCCGCCCCGGUGUCGAUAUCAUCACCUCCCCCAACGUCAAGGAUGAGCUCCAGCUCUCCGGUAACUCCCUGGAGGACGUCUCCCAGAGCGCCGCCGACAUCCAGCAGAUCUGCCGUGUCCGGAACAAGGAUAUUCGUAAGUUCUUGGACGGUCUGUACGUGUCGGAGCGGACCAACAUCAUUGAGGAGUAAAGAAAUGUCUCCUUGAAUUGGGUUUGGGUGUCCGGGAGAAGCUUUUCUUUUUUAAUUUCGCCUACUUGCAUAUUAGGGAAGCAAAGCGAAAUGACAAAAAACAAACGACCUUGCAAAAUUCACAAUUUCCCUUUCCACUUCACGCGUCAGGCUCUGUAAUGAGGCAUGUAACGAAAGUGCAAUUGUAUCUGUCGAUUAUUUCUACUAUUCAUGACCUUUCUUGGAUGACCCUAGCGAGUCGAGUACUGUACUAGAUCUCCUAGGGAUGAUCUGAGUAUAUCUUUGUAAAGACUAGUAAGAAUAAUCCUAACUUCAUCGCAUGCAUAAGUCAAGGUGGAUGGACUUUUUAAGACUUCAUGGGAAGUUGAACUGGCCACUCCCGAGCACCACCACAACUUUUCACUCUCGGCAGUCGAUCCCUCGGAGCUGACACCUCUCCAACACUAACCACUUCCAGCUCCCCUACUCUCUAUGCAAGCUGAGAUCUUUCCAUUGACGCUAUAUUUAUCGCUCCCACUAGCAUAGUACUCCCUACUCGGUCCAUCCUUAUCGCGGGCGUUGUUUUUGCAUCCGCAAAGCCCAACGCGGAAGUGACGCCAUAAAUAGCAUGUGAAAGCGCCGCUCCACCGGCAGGUCGCGCACCCCCCUUCGAGCUGGAAUUUCCCUAAUCGCGCGAAAUGGGGUCCUGGCUACUCGGUCUGUGGAGUGUUCUCUCCGCGGUCUACGGUAUGAUGCUGGAUGUUGCCCAGUUCUGGAAGCAGAAAUUAUUCUCAUGGUGGAAAUCAAAGUCCCCCAAAACCAGGCUGUUCAACACCCUGGCCACGGCCCAGAGCUAUGAGGAAUGGGAAGAAGCUGCGUUUGAGCUGGAUGAGCUCCUGAGCAAGGACUUAUGGCGCCAGAAUCCAAUCAGUCGACACUAUGACUACAGACUCAUCCUCGGGCGGUUGGAAGCUCUAAUGAGUGCCCGCGAAGGCGAGGAUAUCCUCACACUGGUCAAUCUCCUUCGCUCCGGCCUCGUGCGCAACCUGGGCAAUAUCACAACCACCAAAUUAUUCACCCAUGCCUACGCCGGAACGAAACUCUUGAUUGAUGACUAUAUCACGCAAGUCGCGUUGUCAAUCCAGUACGUGGCCUCGCUGCAACCGGCGCCCAUGCAGACGAGCGGGUUCACCCCUCAGGCGAAAUUGGAGCUACUCCACGAUACUCGCCAGGCCUUCGGACGCACGACGCUACUGUUGCAGGGAGGGUCGGCUUUUGGGCUAUGUCAUCUCGGCGUGGUCAAGGCGUUGCAUUUACAGGGUCUUCUACCGCGGAUUAUUACGGGUACCGCGACGGGGGCUAUGAUUGCAGCGUUGGUGGGCAUUCAUCCCGAAAGUGAAUUGCUUGCGUUGUUGGAAGGCGAAACGAUUGAUUUAUCAGCCUUCGAUCAACGGCGGAAAGAACAUGCGGAGGAGAGUUGGGUGUGGACUUUUGUCCGGCGGAUGAAGCGAUUGCUCCGAAAGGGACAUUUGUAUGAUAUGGAGUUGUUGGAGGAGUGUGUUCGGGCUAAUGUGGGGGAUUUGACCUUUGAAGAGGCAUAUGCGCGGUCCAAACGGAUUUUGAAUAUUACGAUUGCCACGGCUGGUAAGACUGGGACGCCGAAUCUGCUUAAUUAUCUAACUGCACCGAAUGUGCUGAUAUGGUCUGCCGCGGCGGCUUCCAAUGCCUCCUCGUCUGUCACUACACUUUCUUCACCAGUCACGAUUUACUGCAAAGACGAAACCGGCUCCAUCGUCCCCUGGCCACACACAAAGGAAGCAGUGUUCCAACCAUGGCGACACGUCAUCUAUAGCGACGGCGAAUCCCCCCUCUCCCGAAUUGCGGAACUCUUCAACGUCAACCACUUCAUCGUCUCCCAAGCCCGUCCCUACCUGAUCCCAUUCCUACGCUCCGAACUCAACCUCCUCGACCGCCACCAAACGGGCUGGAGCAAUAUAUCCCGCUCAAUGGUGCGACUCGCCUUGGUCGAAUUACGCCACCGUCUCCGCCAACUCGAUUACAUCGGUUUCCUCCCAGGCUUUGUAAGCCGACUCUUAAUCGAUGAAACUAUCCCAGGACCCAACCUCACCCUCGUCCCGGACCUAUCUAUCAACGACUUGGCCAAACUUUUCCAACAACCCACCCGUGCACGGGUAGCAGAAUGGACACUGAAGGGCGAGCGAGGUGUCUGGCCCGCGAUUAGUGCCCUGAAGGUCCGUGAGGCAAUUGAAAUCGAAUUGGAUCGGGGGUACCAGCUCGUUCGUCGCCGGCGACCGAGCGAUGCAGCUCCUCUCCCCACGCCACGGCAUUUUCCUAAUAAAGGAGCAGCCCGUCAGCGACGUGGGUGUAGCGAGAAUGAUUUUGAGAACGGUAUACUUGCUGAUGGGAAGUAAUAUACAGCAGCACAGUUGCUAGGAUAGGUACUUGUUCGGGAUUGGCUUCGCUAGCUAUACAUGUAACUACGAAC